GAGUCCUGCUGCGGAAGCCUGUGCCGUCCCGACCCGCGGCCCGCCGCCCUGCGCCCGCCGCCCCUCUUCGCUGCUCCGGAUCACUCAGCGGCCCGAGCGCUUAUAUUAGUUUUGGCUCCAGCCAUGGAGAAACUCCAUGGGCAUGUGUCUGCCCACCCAGACAUCCUCUCCUUGGAGAACCGGUGCCUGGCCAUGCUGCCUGACUUGCAACACACGGAGAAAUUAUGUGGACAUAUGUCUGCUCACUCAGACAUUCUCUCCUUAGAGAACCACUGCCUGGCCCAAAUUCCUGGCCUGAAGACCAUGGAAAAAGCACAUGGGCAUAUGUCUGCCAACCCAGAUAUCCUGUCCUUGGAGAACCAGUGCCUAGCUACCCUCCCCACUGUAGAGAGCACUUUGUCUCUCAGCCCCUUGCUGCACUGCCUCCCUGUGUCUCACAUGGUGCAAGCUGAUUUAUGCAGCCACAUUCCCAGGAAUUGCCUGCUCGCUGAGCCUCCAAGUAGGAGGGUUCAGCAUCUCUCUGAGGAAUCAGAGCUUCCCACUUGGCCUAAGGCCCUAAAAUCCACUGCGGCUACAGAAAGAGUUCAGGAAGCAACUUUGGGUGGUUGGUGCUAUUCAGAAGAAAAGGAAAGGCUGAUAGAGAAGGAAGGGGCAGAGGCCCAGAUGCCUUUUUAUAGUCUAAGUUUGGGAGAGGAGGAAGAAGUGGAGGCUAUGUCCCUGAAGCUCACUUCUGGGGACUCUGAAUCUCAUCCUGGGCCCACCGACCAGGUCCUUCAGGAAAAGAAGAUGGCUCUAAUGAGCUUACUGUGCUCCUUUGUGGCCUCAAAUGUAAAUAUCCAAAAUCCAAGUGACCCCAUCCAAGCUUCCAUUCUUAAAGUCUGUAGUGAACUGGCCCCCUUGGAGCCUGAGUUCAUCCUCAAGGCAUGCUUGUUCGCGAGGCAUCAGCUGAACAUACGGAAUGUGGCCAAUAGAGUCUUGGCCAUCGCUGCCUCCUUGCCAGCGUGCCGCCCUCACCUGCGACGGUAUUUUUGUGCCAUCGUCCACCUGCCUUCUGAUUGGAUUCAGGUGGCAGAGUUCUACCAGAGCCUGGCUAGAGGAGAUGAGAACAAGCUGGUACCCCUGCCUGCCUGCCUCCGUGCUGCUAUGACUGACAAAUUUGCCCAGUUUGAUGAGUACCAACUAGCUAAGUACAAUCCACGGAAACACCGUGCCAAGAGAUGCCCCCGCCGGCCAUCCCACCCUCCAAAGACAGAGCCUCCAUUUUCUAAGAGACUGCAAUCUUUUCCAAGGAGCCUUUGGCCUCUUAAAAAUGAACAGAUUAAGUUUGAAGCAGCCUAUAAUGCAGUGCCAGAGAAAAGCAGUCAGCCAAGGUUCACCCUGAAGAAGUUGGUACAGCGACUGCAUAUCCACAAGCCUGCCCAGCAUGUCCAAGCCCUGCUGGGGUACAGGUACCCUUCUAGCCUACAGCUCUUUUCUCAGAGUCACCUCCCUGGGCCAUGGGAUUCUAGCAGAGCUGGGCAGCGGAUGAAGCUUUCUAGGCCAGAGACCUGGGAGCGGGAGCUGAGCCUGCGGGGGAACAGGGCUUCCGUCUGGGAGGAGCUCAUCGACAAUGGGAAGCUUCCCUUCAUGGCCAUGCUUCGGAACCUGUGCAACCUGCUGCGUGUGGGAAUCAGUGCCCGCCACCAUGAACUCAUUCUCCAGAGACUCCAGGAUGAGAAAUCUGUGAUCCAAAGCCGGCAGUUUCCAUUCAGAUUCCUUAAUGCCCAUGAUUCUAUCAAUAACCUUGAGGCUCAACUCAGAAAUAAAGCAUUGCCCUUUCCUUCCAAUAUAACACUGGUGAGGCAGAUAAUGAUUAGAAACUCAAAAACUGUCAGGAGGCCUGCCAAUCCAAGGCACCUUUGCUACCUGAGUCGUCGGCAGCUUCGGACAGCAAUGGUGAUACCCGUGAUAUACAAGCAGCUCAAGCGGGAGAAGCUGAAAAUACACAAGGCCAGACAGUGGAAUUAUGAUGCUGAGAUGCUGGAUCGGUAUCGCCAGGCCCUGGAGGCAGCUAUGAACCUCUCUGUGAAGCACAGUCUGCCCCCACUGCCAGGCCGCACCCUCCUGGUCUAUCCAACAGAUGCUGAUGCAGACAAGCUGUGUCCCAAGAGCAACACACAAGGGCCCCCCUUGAACUAUGUGCUGCUGCUGAUUGCUAUGAUGAUGGCGAGGGCUGAGAAGGCAGAACUCUUGCUGUGUGGAAGAGGAACUGUGAAGACUGCAGUGCUUAAAGCAGAGGAAGGUAUCCUGAAGACUGCCAUGGAGCUCCAAGCCCAAGUCCAGGAGUUGGAAGAAAAGGAUGAAUGGUCUUUGCUUACUUUUGGGAAAUACUUGCUGUCUCUGGCUGUCCAAAGGGUCCCUGUGGACAGGGUCAUCCUUUUUGGCCAAAUGAUGAAUGAGGUAAUGGCAAAUGCAGCCAAACAGAUUUUCUGGCAGCAUGUGAAUUCCAGCUGUCUCUUUGUUGGUGUCCUCCUAAGAAAAGCACAAUAUGUAUCACCAAAUUUGAAUCCCAAAGAUGUGACACUCUCAGGCUGUACUGAUGGGAUACUGAGGUUCAUUGCAGAGCAUGGGGCCUCCCAUCUUCUGGAACAUGUGGGCCAAAUUGACAGAAUACUCAAGAUUCCACCACCCCCAGGAAAGACACAGGUCCUGACUCUCCGGCCACUGGAAGAGGAUACUCCAAGCUCCUUGGCUCCCAUUAUUUCUCAGCAUGGAUGGCGCAGCGUCCGACUCUUCAUUUCAUCCACUUUCCGGGACAUGCAUGGGGAGCGGGACCUGCUGCUGAGGUUUGUGCUGCCGGCACUGCAGGCCCAGGCAGCCCCCCACUACAUCAGCCUUCAUGCUAUCGAUUUGCGCUGGGGCAUCACUGAGGAGGAAACCCGGAGGAACAGACAACUAGAAGUGUGCCUUGGGGAGGUGGAGAACUCACAGCUGUUUGUGGGAAUACUGGGCUCCCGCUAUGGCUACAUUCCCCCCAACUACAACCUCCCUGAACAUCCUCACUUCCACUGGGCCCAGCAGUACCCUUCAGGGCGCUCAGUGACAGAGAUGGAGGUGAUGCAGUUCCUGAAUCGGGACCGGUGCCUGAAGCCCUCUGCUCAAGCUCUCAUCUACUUCCGGGAUUCCAGUUUCCUGAGCUCUGUGCCAGAUGCCUGGAGACCUGACUUUAUUUCUGAGUCUGAAGAGGCUGCACAUCGGAUCUCAGAACUGAAGAGCUACCUGUGUAGACAGAAAGAGAUUACCUGUCGCAGGUACUCCUGUGAAUGGGGGGGCAUAGCAGCUGGCCGGCCCUAUGUUGGGGGGCUGGAGGAGUUUGGGCAGUUGGUUCUCCAGGAUGUGUGGAAUGUGAUCCAGAAGCUUUACCUACAGCCUGGGGACCAAAUGGAGCAACCAGUGUCCAUCCCAGAUGAUGACUUGAUCCAGGCUACCUUCCAGCAGCUGAAGAGACCACGAAGUCCUGCCCGGCCACGUCUCCUUCAGGACACAGUGCAGCAGCUGCUGCUACGCCAUGGAAGACUGAGCCUGGUGACUGGGCAGGCAGGACAGGGCAAGACUGCUUUCCUGGCAUCCCUUGUGUCAGCCCUACAGGCUCCUGAUCAGGCCAAGGUGGCCCCCUUAGUCUUCUUUCACUUUUCCACGGCCCGCCCUGAUCACAGUCUUGCUCUCAUCUUGCUCAGACGCCUCUGUGCCCAUCUGCGUAGACAGCUGCAAGAGCCGGGUGCACUUCCCAGUACUUACCGAGGCCUGCUGUGGGAACUGCAGCAAAGGCUGCUGCCCAACUCUGCUCAGUCCCUGAAACCUGGCCAGACACUGGUCCUGAUCAUUGAUGGGGCUGACAGGUUGGUGGACCAGAAUGGGCAGCUGAUCUCAGACUGGAUCCCCAAGUCUCUUCCCCGGUGGGUUCACUUGGUGUUGAGUGUGUCAGCAGACUCAGUCCUAGGAGAGACCCUUGAGCAGAGCCAAGGUGCCCAUGUGGUGGCCUUGAGGCCUCUGAAUCCUUCUGCCCGGGCUCAGCUGGUGAGAGAAGAGCUGGCACUGUAUGGGAAGCGGCUGGAGGAGUCACCUUUUAACAACCAGAUGCAGCUGCUGCUGGUGAAGCAGGGCUCAGGCCUGCCACUCUACCUGCACCUAGUCACUGAUCACCUGAGGCUGUUCACGUUCUAUGAACAGGUAUCUGAGAGACUGCGGGCCCUGCCUGCCACUGUCCCCCGACUGCUGCAGCACAUCCUGAGCACCUUGGAGCAAGAGCAUGGCCACAAUGUUCUUUCCCAAGCCUUUGCCAUCCUUCAGGUCACACAUAGUGGUCUGACUGUGGACCAGCUGCAUGCAGUGCUGAGUGCAUGGCGGUUUCUGCCCAAGGGGACUAAGAUCUGGGAAGAAGCAGUGGCUGCUGGUAACUGUGGAGAUCCCUACCCCAUGGCCCCAUUUGCCUACCUCGUCCAGAGUCUGCGCAGUUUGCUAGGGGAGGGCCCUCUAGAGCGCCCUGGUGCCCGUCUCUGCCUCCCUGAUGGGCCCCUGAGGACAGCAGCUCAGCGUCGCUAUGGGAAGAAGCUGGGACUGGAGAACACGGCACACAUCCUCAUUGCAGCUCAGCUCUGGAAGACAUGUGACCCUGAUGCCUCAGGCACCUUCCGAAGUUGUUCCCCUGAGGCUCUGGGAGACCUGCCUUACCACCUGUUCCAGAGUGGGAACCUUGGACUUCUUGCAAAGUUCCUUACCAAUAUCCAUGUGGUGGCUGCACACCUGGAAUUGGGUCUGGUCUCUCGGCUGCUGGAGGCUCAUGCGCUCUAUGCUUCUUUAGUUCCUGAAGAGGACCAAAAGCUCCCUGAGGCUGAUGUUGCUGUAUUCCGUACCUUCCUGAAGCAGCAGGCUUCAAUUCUCAGCCAGUAUCCCUUACUCCUGCAACAGCAGGCAGCCAACCAGCCUCUGGGUUCACCUCUUUGCUGCCAGGCCCCCCUGCUUUCCCAGCGGUGGCCCCUUCAGCACACACUCCAAUGGCUUAAUAAACCCCAGACCAUGAGGGAUCAGCAAAGCUCCAGCCUGUCUCUGGCAAUUUCCUCAUCCCCCACCACUGUGGCCUUCUCCCCUAAUGGACAAAAAGCAGCUGUGGGCACUGCCAAUGGGACGGUUUAUCUGUUGGACUUGAAAACCUGGCAGGAGGAGAAGUCUGUGGUGAGUGGCUGUGAUGGAAUCUCUUCUUCUGCAUUUCUCUCCGACAAUGCCCUUUUCCUUACUGCCUUUGAUGGGCUCCUGGAGCUCUGGGACCUGCAGCAUGGUUGCCGAGUGCUACAGACCAAAGCUCAUCAGUACCAAAUCACUGGCUGCUGCCUGAGCCUAGACCGCCGACUGCUGGCCACUGUGUGCCUGGGAGGAUGCGUGAAGCUGUGGGACACAGUUCGUGGGCAGCUAGCCUUCCAGCACACCUGUCCCAAGCCCCUGAGCUGCAUUGCCUUCCACCCGGAGGAGCAACUAAUAGCCACAGGCAGCUGGGCUGGCAGCAUCAGCUUCUUUCAGGUGGAUGGACUCAAUGUCAUCAAGGAACUGGGGGCCCCAGCAGCCUCUGUCCGUACCUUGGCCUUCAGUGCACCUGGGCGGGUUGUGGGUGUAGGCCGACUGGAUGGGACAGUGGAGCUGUGGGCCUGGCAAGAAGGGGCACGGCUGGCUGCCUUUCCUGCCCACUGUGGCUUUGUUGCUGCUGCACGUUUCCUGCAUGCUGGAUGUCAGUUGUUGACGGCUGGAGAGGAUGGCAAGGUUCAGAUGUGGUCAGUCUUUGGUCGGUCCCAGGGGUACCUGGGCUCCCUUCCACUCUCUCCUGCCCUUUCUGUGGCUCUCAGCCCAGAUGGUGACCAGGUGGCUGUUGGAUACCGAGCAGAUGGGAUUAGGAUCUACAAAAUCUCUUCAGGUUCCCAGGGGGCUCAGUGUCAAGCACUAGAUGUGGCAGUGUCUACACUGGCCUGGCUAAGCCCUGAGGUGUUGGUGAGUGGUGCAGAAGAUGGGUCCCUGCAGGGCUGGGUGCUCAAGGAAAGCUCCCUUCAGUCCCUCUGGCUCCUGUCCACAUACCAGAAGUCUGUGCUGGGACUGGCCACCUCCCAGGAACUUUUGGCUUCUGCCUCAGAGGACUGCACCGUGCGGCUGUGGCUGAGGCAGUUGCUGACACAGCCUCACAAGGCAGAAGACUUUCCCUGUGGCACUGAGCUCCAGGGACAUGAGGGCCCUGUGAGCUGCUGUAGCUUCAGCCCUGAUGGAGCCACCCUGGCCACAGGGGGCAGAGACCGGAGUCUCCUCUGCUGGGAUGUGAGGAUACCUCAAGCCCCUGUUCUGAUUCACUCCUUCCCUGAAUGCCACCGUGACUGGGUCACUGGCUGUACCUGGACCAAAGACAAUCUACUGAUCUCCUGCUCCAGUGAUGGCUCUAUGGGGCUCUGGGACCCAGAGUCAGGACAUCAGCUUGGUCAGUUCCUGGGUCAUCAGAGUGCCGUGAGCGCAGUGGUAGCUGUGGAGGAGCAUGUGGUGUCUGUGGGCCGAGAUGGGAUCUUGAAAGUGUGGGACCAUCAGGGUAUGGAGCUGACCAGCAUCCCUGCUCACUCAGGACCCAUCAGCCACUGUACAGCUGCCCUGGAGCCCCGCCCAGUUGGACAGCUUGGAUCAGAGUUUCUAGUGGUGACUGUUGGACUGGAUGGGGCCACGAGGUUGUGGCACCCACUGUUGGUGUGCCAAACACACACUCUCCUGGGACAUAGUGGUCCAGUCAUUGCAGCUGCUGCUUCAGAGACCUCAGGUUUUCUGCUGACCGCCUCAGAGGAUGGUUCUGUACGGCUCUGGCAGAUACCUGAGGAAGUAGAUGACACAUACAUACCUAGGAGUUCUGUAGCUGUCACUGCUGUAGCCUGGGCACCAGAUGGGUCUGUGGCAGUGUCUGGAAAUCAAGCUGGGGAACUUACCUUGUGGCAAGAUGCCAAGGCUGUGGUCACAGCACAGGCUCCAGGCCGCGUCAGUGCUCUGAUCUGGUAUUCAGUGCACACCUUCUUUGUUCUCAGUGCUGAUGAAAAAAUCAGUGAGUGGAAAGUGGAACUGCUGAAAGGUUCAACAUCCCGAAAUUUCAGUCUUCACCUGAAGCGAGUUCUGCAGGAGGACUUAGGGGUCCUGACAGGUCUGGGCCUGGCUCCUGAUGGUCAGUCCCUCAUCUUGGUCAAAGCAAAUUUGGAAUUACUGCACAUGAAGCCCGGGGAAGCUCCAUCUGUGAUCUGGAACAGAUAUGCGGAAUAUCCUACGAUAUUGUCCACCAGCAAGGAGUAUGGUAUCUUUUACCUGCAGUCGGGGGAACCUGGAUCUCUUUCUUUCUUGAGGCAAAAGGAAUCAGGGGAGUUCGAAGAGAGCCUGCACUUCAGCCUGAAUUUAGAGAAUCUUAGUGGGUCCCCAAUAUCAAUCACUCAAGCUGAACCUGAAUCCGAGUCCUCCUUUUUGUGUGCCAGCUCUGAUGGGAUGCUAUGGAACCUGGCUGAAUGUACUCCUGAAGGAGAGUGGACCAUAGGUAACAUCUGGCAGAAAAAAGUGAAAAUGCCUAUAACCCAGACUCCAGGGACCAUUAUGGAAAUCUUGCCAGAAACCCUGGAUUUAAAGACGCGUCACUGUAGAAAGAUUCACUCGGGCUCCAUCACAGCUCUGCAUGUGCUGCCCAAGUUGCUGGUGACAGCUUCAAAGGAUAGAGAUGUGAAGCUCUGGGAGAGACCCAGUAUGCAACUACUGGGCCUGUUCCAAUGUAAAGGGGCAGUGAGCUGCCUGGAGCCGUGGCUGGGGCCCAACUCUACCUUGCAGCUUGCUGUGGGAGACACACAGGGCAAUGUAUACUUUCUGUCCUGGGAGUGAAAAUGCACAACUUAGGGGAAAGAUGAUACCUCUUGUACUAGAUGACACAAAGCCUGAAGACACCAGUGUUGACUUGCUUAAUAAUAUUAUAAAAAUAAAGUGUUUAGAAAGUCUUACGUGCAGCCCUGCCUGUGUUCCCAUGUGGGUUUCGACCAAGAGGGAAGAAUAUGGAUGUUUUAAUAUGUUUCUUUUCUGGUAUACAUUAAUUCUUACUAGAACCUUAACAAAGUGAACCACAUCUAUAGUAGCUACUCUUUGAAACCAGGGUUUAGGAUCCCUGUGUCCUUUGCUGGCCCAGGAUUCUUAGAGAGCCUGCCAGGAGAAGGAACCAAAGUAGC